AUGGCAUUUAUACAUCGGCUGGCAGAGGCUGUGGAAUUAGAAUUUCCAAAAGAAAGAGCUGAUAGUUCGUGGGACAACACAGGAAUCCUUAUGGAGUUCUAUGAGAGCGAGAAAGAAAGUGUUCUUCUGUGCAUAGACUUAACAGACUCUGUUCUGCAAGAGGCCCUGGAUCUAGGUAUAGAAACAGUUCUGGCGUAUCACCCACCUAUUUUCACGCCCUUAAAAAGUAUUACGCAGGAGAGUCCCAUUCUGUGCAAGUGCAUGAACAACAAGGUGUCAAUAUACUCUCCGCACACUGCGCUGGAUGGAGGAAACAACGGAAUCAAUAACUGGCUGGGCAUGCUCAUUCCGGGGGCUGAGUCCAUCAGCACAACAGGAUAUAUUCAGACAUUUAGAAAUUCAUGCACAAUAGAAAGUAUCCUGCAGACACUUGAGAAGGAGCUUGGUCUAAACACAAUACGGUAUGUAUUGGGGGAUGGGCAUGCGGAGGACACUGUUCCAUCCGUUAUGUCCAUUGGGGCAGGCGCAUCCACCAGGAACUUGAAGAAGCUUAUCUUGGAGACAGGCAAAAGCAGCGAUGAAAAGCCAUCUAUUGUGAUCACAGGAGAAGCAUCGCACCAUGACAUGCUGUGCUUCCAAAGAAAUGGGGUCUCCAUGAUCAUCCUGGAGCACUCCAGAAGCGAAAGGGGAUUUCUGCAGCCUCUGGCGGUGCACUUGAAAACAGCUCUUCCAAAUGCAGAGGUGCACAUUUCAGAGAAGGACGCAGAUCCUGUACGGUUCUAUCAGAAGCAAUAA